AGAAAGAGCAGCUUUGAGAGUAAUGCCUGGGGCCCCAGUUUGCUGGUCUCACUAAAACAGUACAGGGCAGUGAACGCUAGAGACAGGCAAGGGGUCUGACUCCCAACGCCAUGCUGAAACAGAGCACUGAGAGGAGAUGGUCCUUGAGCUACAAGCCCUGGAAUACCCCAGAGACUGAGGAUGUGCCCAACACCGGAAGCAACCAACACCGUAGGAGCAUCUGCUCCAUGGGAGCCCGCACUGGCUCUCAGGCCAGCAUCGCACCACAGUGGACCGAGGGCAACUACAAUUACUACAUCGAGGAAGAUGAGGACUGCGGGGAGGAGGAGGAUUGGAAGGAUGAUCUUGCCGAAGAGAACCAGAAGCCCGAGUGCCCCACAGCUCCACUGGAUGGCCACACUGACACUCCAGCCCAGCUGUCUACGCUAAAAGUAAACGUAGGCGGCCACAGCUAUCAGCUGGAAUGCUGUGAGUUGGCCAACUACCCCAAAACGCGCCUGGGUCGCCUGGUCACCUCCACCAGCCGCAACUGCCAGCUGGGCCUGUGCGAUGACUACGAGGCAAAGACCGACGAGUACUUCUUUGACCGUGACCCGGCGGUCUUCCAGCUCAUCUACAACUUCUACACAUCAGGGGUGUUGCUGGUGCGAGACGAGCUGUGUCCACGAAGCUUCCUGGAGGAGCUGGGCUACUGGGGCGUGAGGCUCAAGUACACGCCACGCUGCUGUCGCAUCUGCUUCGAGGAGCGGAGGGACGAACUGAGCGAGCAACUGAAGAUCCAAAGGGAGCUGCGUGCGCAGGCGCAGGCCGAGGAGGCCGAGGAACUCUUUCGGGACAUGCGCUUCUAUGGACCACAGCGUCAGCGCCUCUGGAACCUCAUGGAGAAGCCCUUCUCUUCUGUAGCCGCCAAGGCCAUGGGAGUGGCCUCCAAUCUCUUCGUCCUCAUCUCCGUAGUGGCCCUGGCGCUCAACACGGUGGAGGAGAUGCAGCACCAGGCGGAGCAGGGCACAGGUGGUGGGGACCCCAGGCCCAUAUUGGAGCACGUGGAGAUGCUGUGCGUGGCUUUCUUCACUCUGGAGUUCCUGCUGCGCCUCGCCUCCACCCCCAACCUGCGGCGCUUUGCACGCAGCGCCCUCAACCUGGUGGACCUGGUGGCCAUUCUGCCUUUCUACCUGCAGCUGCUGCUGGAGUGCUUCACGAGCGAGGACCAGAGGCAUGGCAAGGGUUCCCCACGGGAACACGACCUGGAGACCGUGGGCCGUGUGGGCAAGGUGGGCCAGGUCCUGCGCAUCAUGCGCCUCAUGCGCAUCUUCCGCAUCCUCAAGCUAGCCCGCCACUCCACAGGUUUGCGGGCCUUCGGCUUCACGCUGCGCCAGUGCUACCAGCAGGUGGGCUGCCUAAUGCUCUUCAUCACUAUGGGCAUCUUCUCCUUCUCUGCAGCGGUCUACUCGGUGGAGCACGACGUGCCUGGUACCAACUUCACCAGCAUCCUCCAUGCCUGGUGGUGGGCUGCGGUAAGCAUCUCUACCGUGGGCUAUGGAGACAUGUACCCAGAGACCCACCUGGGCAGGCUUUUUGCCUUCCUCUGCAUCGCUUUUGGGAUUAUUCUCAACGGGAUGCCCAUUUCCAUCCUCUACAACAAGUUCUCCGAUUACUACAGCAAGCUCAAAGCUUACGAGUACACCGCCAUCCGUAGGGAACGGGGAAAAGUGAACUUUAUGCAGAGAGCCACGAAGAAAAUGGCUGAAUGUUUAUCUGGAAGUAAUGCACAGUCCGCCACAAGGCAAGAGAAUUAAGGCUUCAUUAGGACACAAGGCUUGUAGAACCCAUGAAUUUCAAAGCUUCGUUGCUUCUUUUAAAAUUAUGCCCCGCCCCCCGCCCCUGGCAACAGAGGGGCGUGUGAAGCCGACGCAGACAAAGAGCAUUCAGUUCAAAGUUCUAACUCUAAAAAUGAUCAUUUGGGCCCAAACUCAAAACGCCUCACAUGGCCCUUUAGCUAGAUUGUGUUUAUGUAUGACGUCAGUCCUGGAAACGGCUGCAAGGAAGCAACAUCUUAGAUUUCUCUUUUAGUUUCUCAUGGCAUCAAGCUUGAUGCAUAUAUUUAGACAUGAAUUGACUGGAGAUGAUUUUUCCUAGUUCAAAGCAAGAGGAGGGGCCCUUAAUUUUCCAGAGAAUGGAGCGUCUCAGCAGGAGCCGGAGAAGCUUUGGAAUCAGACCAACCUCUCAGCCAGAAUCCCAGAUCUACCAGCUGGAUGGUUUGUAAGGAACCUACUUCAACCCUCUGAGCCUUGGUCUCUUCAACUGUGAGAUGUAGAAUGAGUUUUGAUGAUUUGAAGGAUGAGUUUUGGGUUUGAAGAUAAGUGCUGUGUACAUGAUAGCUGUUCAAAGUGUCUGAGUGAGUAACGUCUGAUACAUCAUUCUCAGUGGUUUACAACCAGAGGCAAGUCUUCUCCCCAGGUCACAUUUGGAGAUGUUUUUGAUCAUCACUAUAGUUAAAAAGGAUGAGGCGGGUUCCUAGCAUCUAGUAGAUUAGGGAGGCAUGGGUGCUACAGAUCCCUACAGUAUACAAUAGUGUCUGCCCUACAAAUUACUAGAUGUCAGUAAUGCCAAUGUUGAGGAAUGUCUAAAAUUACUAUGGGAACCCAAACUUGGUCCAUGACAUUUUUCUGUAUGUAUGAAUUUCUCUCUCCCUUGAAAGGAGCCCCCAAGUGACCUCUCUCUUAAUGCAGACUUCCGUUCUUUCUGUUUCCCAGAGAAGGGGUGGGAGAGCAGCGCUGCCUCCCCAACAAUGGCUGUAUGGCGAGCGCUGAAAGACCUCUCUAGGCUGAGGGUUGGAAACCAGUGCCCUUUGGGUCAUUUCUCUUCUUGAGACCUUUCUUUUAAUUCCUUUCUGGGUCCACAGGGCUCCUGUAAAUGAAGUCUUAAAAUCAAAGGCUCAUUUGAACAGAGCACACAGAGAUUUGCCCCCUAGAACUGGAGUUCAUGGUGCUAUAGAAUCCUUCUCAGGGUAGGACUGCCCCAUCUGAAUCAUAUGUAAGAAUAAUUGUGCUACUGACAGAGGCAAAUGUUAGUGACUAUACAUCUAGUCUUUAACUUCAUUUAACCCUCAGUACAUCCCUAAGUUAGAUGCUCUGGUUCUAUUUGAGGAGAAAUGGAGACUUAGAGAGGUUAAAUGAUCCAUCUACACUCUCCUAGCCACUAAAAUAGUGGCUUUAAGCAUAGGUUCAUCUGAGGGAGGCACAAGGCUCUGUUGGAAGUCUAAACGUGUGACUUUCAUACAUCGGCAUCAGUGCCAGUUAGUUCCCAUCAUCAACUUGAUACAAUCUAGAGUCACCUGGGAAGUGGGAACCUCAAUUGAGAGAUUGCUCUGACCAAAGUGGUCUGUGACCAUGGCUGUGUCUGUGAGUAGUUAUCUUGACUGACAAUUACAAGAAAUUUUGGCUUGAUAAGUAAGCACUAGCACUUAGAGAUGAUUAUUGUUAUGCCUAGCCCACUGUGGGCGACAUCAUCCCUAGCAAGUAAGCCUAGGCUAUAUAAGAAGGCUAGAUGAAUGUGAGCCAGGGAACAGGCCAGAGAGUGAGCUAUCAAGCAUCAUUCCGCCAAGGUUUCUGAUUCAAGCUCUUGCCCUGAUUUCUCUUAGUGAUGGAUUUCAACCUAGAAAAGUAAGAUGAAAUAUACCCUUUCCUCCCCAAGUUGCUUUUGGUCAUGGUGUUUCACAGCAACAACAAAUCAAAAGAGUGUCUUACUCUGUUUUGCGGGGCUGUUACAGAAUACUGUGGAUUGAACAAUGUAUAGUACUUAUUCCCCUCAGCUCAGUUAGAACUCCAAGAACAAGACACAGGCCGGUUGGGUUAUACGUUCAAGCUGCUCUCUUCAGUCAAGUUGGUGUCUUUUUGGUGCAUUCUACGGAGGAGACUGUGUCCUAAAAGCAUAAGGCAAGCUCACUGAACUCCAAGUAUCUUAUAAGGGCCUUGAUAUCAUAACUCAUGAAGGAACAGCCUCAUAGCUUAAUCAGUCCUAAACACUUCAGCUCUUAAUAUGCCAUUGUGACAACACACCUGACUUACAGAGGGACCUAGUCAAGCCAAAACUUGAAUUUUAAAUGAGCAACAAUUUUUAAUAGAAAUAUAUCUCAAAUAUUGCAUAGUAUAUGCUUCGAAAAUUCAAAUUUAACUACAAGUCUGGCAUUUUGCUUGUUAAAUCUGAUAAUCCUGUACUGCUGUUUUUCAGAGUCAAGUUUUCUUCAUUUAGUUAACCCCCAAGCCCUAAAACCAAACCCAAACAGCACACCCUUCAGCCAAGGGAGUCUUUUCUCUUGCCAGCUAGAAGGAGGGAGGAUUUUUGAACCAGUCUCCUUGCCAGAAGUAAUGACAUGAACUCAGUCAGCUCACAUAUCCACACAACGCAAUCAACAAGGCGGCCGCCCUGCCGUCCAUCCCCAGCCCUCGAGCACUUCAAACUCCAGGAAUGGAUUUGCUGAUGAAGUGAAACUUCUGGGCUAUCAUGGGGACCAGGGAAGACCUAAUGAUCAUAACACUCCUUCUGCUCUGAGAGAGCAGACCCAGAACUGCAAGGCAGAAGAAACUCCCUGAGAGACAGGAUGGCGGCACAUGGGGUAUGGGGGGAGGCACUGAUAACAAAUCUGGAACUUUCCAGGUUCUGGGAUGCGAUCUAGUCAACAGCAAGAGGCCUCCUCCCAGUCUCACUGGCCACAUCUGUUCAGACAGCUGUGCACUGCUUCCCCAGGGAGUAAGAAUGUCAGGCAGAAUACAAUUAACACACACAAAAAGAACAUUUUGUGAGCUUGUGUACCAGGCAUAGGAACAUUAUUUAAUUUAAUACUUCAGUUGCGUUAUCAAGGUUUCCCUGGUCACUCACAAAGGCUUAAUCACAAUCAGCCUACUCUUGAUUUUAAUGCCGAUUCUGCAAUAGACUCCACAUAGUUGAACCAUAUGAAGCUGACGUUUUCAUCAAACAUGACUGAAUAUUGGCAGCUUCAUCUGGCAUGACCUAAGAGUUAUGUGGUUGUAAUUUCUCUCAACUUGUUCCCACAUUGUUAACAUAGAAAUAAUAAUGGUGUUUUCCUCACGAUGUGGAUGGCUAUUAAACGACAUUGUGUAUAUUUAAAACUUUAGCAUCCUGACACAUGUUAUGUAUUAAAUAAAGGCUGAUCAUCCUCUUCCUUUCUCUUCAUCAUC